CACUCAGUGGCCAUGAACAGCAGAGAUCUCUUGGAGGGAGGAUUGGUUGUGGGAGAGAUAAAGAAAACUGCCCCACCUGGUUUUAACAGAUGGUGAUAGAAUACACACUUUGGUUACAUCUUGCAUUGCAACCUAAGACAAGUGGGUUUCUUCUCUUCUCUGUUCCAGAAUCUUCUCAAGAGCAAGCAACUGCCAAAGCCCCAGAGUAGAUAAAAUGUCCAGUAUGGGCUUCAUUUGUACCAUAUGCAAACGUCUGAGAGGCUCGGUACUUGAGCUCUGAUGUUAGUGGGGAAAAUCCGUGCUCCUCUGUGCUGGUUGCCUGUUACAAUGAUUGAGUGUCUCUCAUUUCUGACAGGAGUCAUGUUCAGAGAAUACAGAACUCUAUAAAGUGUCCCCUCUGUGUUUCAGAGCUCCUCAACUGAAAGCAUUCAUGCAGCAGUACAUAGCAUUUAUCCCUGUAAAGAGUAACCACUGCUUCCUAGUACAAGUUCCCUCCUAACUGGUCCUUCUGAGCCCCCAGCUGGCCAAGCAGCUUCCACGGGUGGCUCUUUAGGAUUCAGGAGCUUGUGGAACAAGUUAAAGGACUACCAGACACAAAUGGCUUUGACUGAAAGGGUCUGUAUGAUUGUUUUCUUGAAAGAAAGCAUAAAGUAGCUGAAACCUAUUCAAGAAGAAGAAUUUGGCUCAAAAAACACACAAGAUAAGCACUUUUAUAGCUUUGGCUAAUAUCCUAAACUAAAGCUAUUUGAAAGUUUGUUUUUUUUUUCCUGAGUGGCAUGAAGAAUGAAGAGUAGUAUGGAUAAAACGGAUUUCCCUCGCACAAGUGAUAUGAAAGGUGAAUAUUUCAUUUGUUUUAAAUCAAGUCGUCCUGCUGUCAUUAGAACUCUCAGAGGUUCAGCCCUGCAGAAAGAUUUAAAGGCAGCACUUCAACAAUAAUCGGAUUAGAAGGACUUGCAUAGCUCCAUGGUCUAAAAAAGAGAUAAAAGAAACCAGAGUUCAAACUUGCCACAAAGCAAGGCACUGAGUUGUGUGGUGCAGAACCAACCCACGGUUCUGAGCCAGUGAUUUUGACAACCACCUGAAGCAGGGAUGCCUGCAGACUUCAACGGGUACUGGAAAAUGGUCAGCAAUGACAAUUUUGAGGAGUAUCUGAAAGCACUGGAUGUAAAUGUUGCUGUAAGAAAAAUAGCAAACUUGCUAAAGCCUGACAAAGAAAUCCUUCAGAACGGGGAUCAUAUGAUCAUUAAAACGCUAAGCACUUUUAGAAACUACAUCAUGGAAUUUGAUGUAGGAAAGGAGUUUGAGGAGGAUUUAUCUGGGGUGGAUGAUCGCAAGUGCAUGACCACUGUGUCUUGGGAUGGAGAUAAGCUGCUUUGUGUACAGAAUGGAGAGAAGGAAGGCCGUGGUUGGACCCAGUGGAUUGAAGGAGAUGAAAUGCACCUGGAAAUAAGAGUGUGUGGAGUCACAUGUAAGCAGGUCUUUAAGAAGGUGCAGUGAGCUACUGCUGCUACAGGAGUGAAGAACAAUAGAAUUUACUGACUUGCCAGCAACUCUCCAAGUGCUAGCUCUGAGCAUCCUCAGCAACAAGAGCAAACUCAGAAAUGAAGAUCACAUUAGAACCAUAGAGUUGGAAUAAAACAUUUUUAGGAAAUUGAAAAAAAUGACUGCAAAUAAAACUAUUUUUAGAAAUGCCAAUUAAAGAUACUAAACUCUCUAAAA